AAGAAGGGGAACAAUAAAGUUGGGUUGCGCCGCUUUGUGUGUGUUUGUGUGCGCGGUGAUCUUUGGUGAUGGCGGCGACGGGAGGAGGAGGAGCGGCGGCGGCUCCCGGCUCCACGCUCUCCCUCACCCGCAAGAAAGACGGCGGUCCCAACGUCAGGUUCCUGGAGUCGUCCGACACGGUGGGCCAGCUGGAAAGCCUGAGGCAGUGGCUGGCCAAGAGCUACAAGAAGUUUGUGCAGGCAGAUUCCCCUUCAAACAAAACACUGGCUAGUCUUGUGGUGCAACUACUCCAGUUUCAGGAGGAUGCGUUCGGCAAGCAUGUCAACAAUCCUGCGUUGACCAAAUUGCCAGCGAAAUGCUUUCUGGAUUUCAAAGCAGGAGGAGCCUUAGGUCACAUCCUUGGUGCUGCUUACAAAUUCAAAAGUGAGCAGGGAUGGAGACGAUUUGACCUGCAAAAUCCCUCCCGAAUGGACCGUAAUGUCGAGAUGUUUAUGACGAUAGAAAAGACAUUGGUGCAGAACAAUUGUUUCACGAGACCAACGAUCUACCUCUCUCCUGAACUUGACCAGAAAUUUGCAAAUAAAUGGAAGGAUGUUAUUAAGAGACAUCAGGGGACAAUAUCAGAAGAUAAAUCGAAAGCCUCCCAUUUAAUUUAUCCUGUUCCGAGCUCCCUGGAUGAAGAGGAAUGGAUGAGACCUGUAAUGAAGAGAGAGAAGCAGGUUCUGGUACACUGGGGAAUGUUCCCAGAUAGCUAUGACACUUGGAUACCUGUCAGUGAAAUUGAUGCUGAGAUUGAGGAGCCACCAAUUCCAGAAAGACCAUGGAAGGUGCAUGCCAAAUGGAUCCUGGACACUGAUGUUUUCAAUGAGUGGAUGAAUGAAGAGGAUUAUGAGGUUGACGAAAACAAAAAACCUGUCAGCUACCGACAACACAUUCCUAUCAGGACAGUAACAGAAGAGGCAUCCCGUACACCAGAUAGGAAGGAUAGAAAAUCAGCAGCAGGGUCGAAGAAGAGGAAGCGAUCCCGUUCCCCUUCUCCAAUCCCAACGCCGACUGAAUCCCGGAAGAAGAGCGGAAAGAAAGGGCAGUCGACCCCGUACCUGAAGAGAAGAGGGCAGAGAGAUGAAGAGGAGCAGGAAGACCUAACAAAAGACAUGGAGGAUCCUACACCUGUACCCAACGUGGAAGAAGUUAUUUUACCAAAAAAUGUGAACACCAAGAAGGACAGCGAGCACACACCUGUAAAAGGAGGUACAAUCGCAGAUUUAGAUGAGCAAGAAGAUGAGCCGUCAUCUGCAGGAGGGAAGGAAGAAGAGGACAAUGCCAGUACUAAACCAGAUCACUUGCAUCCUGUGGACCAAGCAGAGGAUAAUGUCACUGAACAGACGCAUCACAUUAUCAUUCCUAGCUACUCAGCAUGGUUUGACUACAACAGCAUUCAUGAGAUAGAACGCCGUGCCUUACCUGAAUUCUUCAACGGAAAAAAUAAGUCCAAGAGUCCAGAAAUAUAUUUGGCAUAUCGAAACUUCAUGAUAGAUACUUACCGAUUAAAUCCUCAAGAAUACCUGACCAGUACGUCUUGCCGGAGAAACUUAACAGGGGAUGUGUGUGCUGUGAUGAGAGUUCAUGCCUUCUUGGAGCAGUGGGGCCUCGUGAAUUACCAAGUGGAUGCCGACAGUCGACCUCUGCCAAUGGGACCUCCUCCAACCCCCCACUUCAAUGUUCUUGCGGAUACGCCCUCUGGCUUGGUGCCAGUUCAUCUCAGGACCCCUCAAUCGCAAAUUGUGAUGCAGAUUCCAGCCUCCCAACAGUUGUUGAACUUCCCAGAAAAGCCAAAGGACAAACCGGCUGACCUGCAGAACUUUGGGCUACGGACAGACAUGUACGCAAGAAAGGGCACCUUGGCUAAACAAAGCAAAGCCAGUGCAGCCCGAGACUGGACAGACCAGGAAACCCUUCUCCUGUUAGAGGCUCUGGAAAUGUACAAGGAUGACUGGAACAAAGUAUCUGAGCACGUUGGAAGCCGCACGCAAGAUGAGUGCAUACUGAAUUUCUUGCGGCUCCCCAUUGAAGACCCAUAUCUUGAAGACACCGAUUCCUCCCUUGGUCCUUUGGCCUUUCAGCCGGUUCCCUUCAGCCAGUCUGGGAAUCCUGUCAUGAGCACUGUGGCGUUUCUGGCCUCUGUCGUGGAUCCCCGAGUUGCUGCGGCGGCUGCCAAAGCUGCUCUAGAGGAGUUUUCCCACGUUAAGGAGGAAGUGCCGGUGGAACUGGUGGAGGCGCAUGUGAAGAAGGUGCAAGAGAUGGCCCGGUCUUCGGGGAAAGUUGACCCUUCCUAUGGCUUGGAAAAAAGUGGCAUUGCAGGCACUGCUCCAGAGGAACCAGAGAAAACUGCAGAUGUUGAAGAGGAGAAAAUGGAAACUCGAGAAUCGGAAAGUCAAGAAUCUGAAAAGGUGGAACACAAAGAAGAGACUGAAGCAGUUUCGGAGAAUACAGAGAAGAU